CCUCUCCACACUUUUAGUCGCGGUUCCGCAGUCGGUGGCAGUGUGCUGCUGCUGCUGCUGCGGUGGGGAAGGGCAGCAAGCGUGCGUGUGCGCCUGCCUGCCCCCUCGCUGUCUUGUACAUAUAUAGACACACACACACGUACGUACGUCGCCGCACAUAGCCGUAUGUGCGGGUGUGAAUGGCCAUGGCGGGCGCUGCGGGUCAGAGCGACGCGGCCGAGCUGAUGUACAGCAAGGUGGUGCCGAAGAGCCGGCGGGCGACACGGCAGACGAUCAAGAAUGCGUCUUCGCUCGACAUUUUGCUGUCCAUGGGGUUUCCCAGGGCACGAGCGCUCAAGGCUCUUGCUUCAACAGGCGACCAUGGUGUUCAAGAGGCGUGCGACUGGCUCUUUUCGCACCUGUCGGACCCCUUCCUGGACGACCCGCUCCCACGAGAGUACGUGCUUUACCUGUGCCCCACGGGGCGCUUGGCGCAGCGCCUCUCCGACUUCUGGGACGCGUCUCGCUCCCAGUGCGGGAAGAACAAGGCGCACAACGUCUUCCCGCACGUCACGCUCUGCCAGUUCUUCACGUGCGAGGACGAGAACGCCGAGGGCCUGUGCCGGGGCCUCAAGGGCGUGGUGGAGACGUGGCGGCCCCGCUUUCCGACGCCGCUGCGGCUGGAGCAUUUCUCGACUCCCAAUUUCCUGGGUCUCUUCGUGCAGGAUGGCGACGCCGAAAUCCUGCGGGAGUUCGCCGCCGAAUUCGCUGCGGAAGUCGCUAAAACCGCCGAUGUGAAGGUGGAGCCACACAAGAGGCAGCUGCACCUGACGCUGGCGUACCAGUUCCAGGCGCAGCACCUGGCCAAGCUGGAGCGGCUGGUGCGCGCCGUGGACCCCGAGCUGCCGUGCGAGUGGUGCGCCGUGCUCUACUCGCGCGACAUCCGCUACGCGGGCCAUGAGACCCUGCGGGUGCUUUACCCGUACAUUCCUCAGAAUGACGACGAGCUGGAGCUCAUACCAGGAGAUUCCAUAUUCGUGUCGCCUUCGGAGCACGGUGCACAGGGCGGCAGCGAGGGCUGGGUGCAGGGGACGUCGUGGAUAUCGGGCCUGGCCGGGCUGCUGCCGGAAAACUACACGCAGAAAGCGGACGAGUCGGACACCUGGGUGCUGCACAGGUCCUACGCGCUGUCGUGCCCCGUGCUGACCACGGAGGCCGCCGCCGCCGCCACGUCGGUGCCCCGCGAGCUGCUGCUGAGACACGCGGCCCACGGCAACGGAGAAUCGUCGUCCGCCUCCUCCUCCUCCUCCUCCUCCGCGCUCCUCGCCGUUAACGGACCGGCGUCCACGACGAACAGCCAGCGGUCCCUGCGUGGCGGCGCGCGUUCCGGCACGGAGCUGGCCCGCCGCAGUCUGUUUGUGCUGCGGCACGGCGAGCGCAUGGACGUGGUGUUCGGACGGCAGUGGGUGGCACAGUGCUUCGACGAGCGGGGAGUGUACUUUCGAUCGAACAUGAACAUGCCGGCCAGUCUGCCGCAACGGAGCGGAGGGCAUCGCCAGUUCGAGAAUGACCCCCCGCUCACCGUCCUGGGGGUCACUCAGGCCCGGCUCACAGGUGAAGCGCUCUUCGAUGUUGCCGCGGCGGUGGACGUGGUCUACUGCUCCCCUUCCCUCCGCUGCGUUCAGACGGCGCAGCAUCUCCUUAAAGGUCUGCAGAUCGAGGGCCGGCUUAGGAUUAAGAUCGAGCCAGGGUUGUUUGAGUGGACCAAGUGGACACCUGGGAACUGUCUGCCAUCCUGGAUGUCAAACCAAGAGCUCACGGCAGCUGGAAUCCACAUAGAUACCACCUACAGGCCCCUGAUUCCGGUGGCGCAGUUGAACCCGAGCGAAUCGUACGACGUGUACGUCACACGGAGCUUCCACGUGUGCAGGGAGAUCCUGGCCGAUUGCAAGCAGAAGGCAGGCUUGUCGCGAGUGCUCAUGGUGGGCCACGCCUCGUCUCUCGACGCCUGCACCCGACAGCUCCGUGGGCUGAGCAAGCUCCCGGCUAAAGACUUCAUCCAGAUCGUGCGCAAGGUACCGUACCUGGGCUUCUGUGCCUGUCAAGAGCUGGAGGAGGCGGGCAUCUGGCAGAUGGUGGACCCACCCAUACUGCCCCUCACGCACGGCCCAAACCCGGCCUUCUGUUGGCGCGAGGCCCUCUGUGAGGACUGAAAUCAUCCGGGAAAACACAAUUCAUUAAUAUUUAUUAUUGUUAUUAUUUUAUAUUAAACGAAGAAAAGUAUAAUAAUGUAUAAUUCCCCUCGUCUCUGUGCUAUCACCGAACAUAUGUGUGUGAAACACAAAUCACCCCCCCCCCCCCACCCCACACAAUAAUUAAGGUUGUGGCCGGUCGAGAGGGGAUUUUUAAAAAUGUAACAAUCUCAUGGGAAAUAAAGCAGCGUGUACUAAAUGCAGUGCGCCACACUUGCGCCACUAUUAGAUUGCGAUGUCACACUCGUUUAUAGAUGGGGGGGGGGGGUCCUUACAAGUUUUGUAAAUUAAUUUAUUAUUUUUUAACACAUAUAUAUACGCGCGAGGUUGCUUGGUAUCGAAAUUCUCUCUCGAUCGCCCACGGAAGGGCUCCCCCUGUCCAUGGUACUAAAUACCAACAAAUGUGAUGAUGUUUCUUCCAAAAGAAAGUGGAAGAAAUUGCCGGGGGGAUAGCCUUCUCCAUCGUUGGGAGAACUAAACCUUGUUGUCACCUCACUUUUGUUGGAGGGGAAAACACAUUAAUGAUGCUCGCAAUUCCUUAAAAAAGCAUUGAAUGUUACGACGCUGUAUGGAUCUUCCCAAUGUUGAAGGAGAGAGAGAGAGAGAUUGUACGGUUUAAGGCAGGUACUGGUGUUAGUGUGUCGUGUGGGAGAUAUAUUUUGUCUUAAUCAACAUUGAGUUUACCUCGUUGUUAAUCGCAGGCAGGAUUUUUUUUGUUGUUGUCACGGUUUACUUUCCUCGAUCGGUAACAGGCAUACAGCGGUCUACAGCGGGUCCCCUUCUCGUGGUGUCCUCUAUAUACUUGCAUGGUGGUGUUUGUAGAUGUUGUUUGUGUGCUUGUUCCUACCACAUACAUUUACGAUGGCAAUCACAAUUGAGUUACCAAAAGUGAAUAUUUAAGUCUAAUAUAGUAUUCACAUUAUAUGAACAUUUACAUCCAAAAAGUUAAAGGCACUCCUUUUUUUUUUACUUUUGUUGUUGUUAUUGAUUACAUUAUAUUUUUAUAGCACUUAACGAAGCUGCAGCAUACAUGUGUUUCGGUGUCGCGAGAGCUAAGUGACAUUUGAGGUUUGUAUUACGCAGGCAUCUGCAACCUGCGUUUGUCCAUUCGGAUAUUGAUGUACGUCACAUUACAGUGUACUCUGCACACGCGCGGGACAUACGCCGCUGUGGUUACAUGCGUUCCCGUAUCCGUCAAUGCCCGGCAUAUAUCCGGGGAUAUAUUUCAGCGGUGGGCGACGCGGAUCCAUGUUUAGGCACCACAGGCCUCCGAACAACUUGACCGCGUUCGUGCAGCGUUGAUCCACUUGUUGUGCAGUCGUUACCGCGUGUUCAUCGUUGUACAGGGGAGACCCUCUGCUACCAACUCGGCUUACACAGGGCUAGGGUUGCAGUGUCUCCAUUAUGCAUAUGCAUGACAGCAGAGGCCAAACACGAUACACGCGGAUUCCUUCCCCUUUGCGAUGUUCAGUCACCGCGUCCCGGCGUAAUUGAAGCUCUAUCCACGAAUUGACACACGUGACCGUCGCGCUCCACAACAGCGCCACCAAUUCAGACCGUCGCAUUGUCUGAAAGUAUUUCCGUGCUUGGCGGUUAGGAACGGCGAGCCGAUUGUAACUCUGUGAGCUGCACAGGCAAUUCUCUGUCACCCAUGUGUCCCUGUCAGACACCUUCUCUUUGGUACGUGAAGACUUCAGCCGAUCUGCUGCGUGUCACCUUCCCGGUUAAUCCUUCCUUUUGAUUAUGACGCGGAAUGCGCAGCUCUACACACGCAAGGGCGCUCUCCCAUCAUUCCAGCAUGGAUGAUGAAAUCACUGCUGUGGCUCGCGAAAUGAAGCAGUCAAACCUCCUGAGUGCUUGCGGAAAGGUGUGGCUAAAUUAAAUAAUGUGAUGAUAAUAAUGGGAAUUUUAAUUAUUGUUUUUUUCGGUGAAGUCACGUAGAAGGGAAAUAAUAAAAAAUACAACAUGCUAAAAUCUUUUAUUAUGUCUGGCAGGGACUCAUGGGUGACUUAAUAAAAAUAAAAAAUACAAUAUUUUAUGAUGUUUUAUUUUUAUUAUUUUAUUAUUUCCCUUCUACGUGACUUUACCGAAAGAACCAAAAGAUAAUAAAAUAUUUUAUUAUGGUUUCGUUUUAUUAUUUUAUUAUUUCCUUUCUACGUGACUUUACCGAAAGAACCAAGAAUAUGAAUCCCUGCAGUCACGAAAGCUUUAAAUGGAAAUUUAAUGGGAAUUAUGUUUACUUAUUGGACUUGAUAAUGGCUCAGUAAUAACAUAAAUAAUGUGCAGUCCUUUAGCAAUCAACUGCCAAAUGAUGGGCUUCCCAUGCCUUCAGUUGGGGUUGGUUGACCAUAUUUCACCCGUGCUGGUGAGUAUAUAAAGCGGUAAUUGCUUUAGGGGGCCAGAGACCGGUUCAAAUAUCACUCGCCACUGACGUUAGCUGGAAUCGAACUCAGGUUUACCGAGCUCACGGUGCAAUGCGCUUACCACCGCACUCGCCCCAAAUUGGAAUUUGGAAUAGACACACCCCCUCCCCCCUGCACUGGAAGUCUGCCAUAUAAAAUUAACCAGUCAGGCAGGUUGGCAAAAUAGUCAGGUGGAGAUGUGGUUAACCCUGAUUACUGGUAAUGCUCGUAUGCGCUUUUGUUUCGGGCGCACAGAAUUGCCAUUCUUGUGAAGGGUGCGCCACUGGGUAGGGCUUUGGAGCAGUGUGGUGCUUCCAGGAUGGAAUGUGUCAGCAGAUUUGACUCCGCGUUCAGUGCUUGUCCGUAGCAUUAUCCUGCAGGAGAGAGGAGAGACCCGAUGCAAUAUAGGAAUUAAAGUGCAGGCUAAAUGCAGUUGCCAGGUCACGCUGCUAGCCGCGCAGAAUUUGUGUAACUUUAACACGUUGCCUUUAAUCAUCGGGGUUUUGAUGCCUCCUUUAAUGAAUGGCGAGAGAGGCUGAAGAAAGUUUUUUGGGGACGGCGGCAAACAAAUGUGGUACGAAAUGACCGAGCAGAUUAGACAGGCGGUGGGGGGGGGGGGUGACCCCCUGGAAUUGAACCCUCUGAUGUACAGGGUGGUGGUCCAGAUGUCUUGUGACCCCCCCCCCGCCCCCCCAAUUUAAUUGACGCGCUAAUAAAAACGUUUUCCCUUUGCAUAUUCAUUUUUGUUUUAAAUGCAGCUUGUACUUUCUUGGAAGUAAUUGGAGGGGGGGUCACAAGACAUCUGGACCGCCCUGAAAAAUACUAUGGGUGGCAGAUGUAGCACUUGGGGAAUGCGGGGCCGUGUACAUCAUUCAGCGCCCCCUCUUAAGAAGUCAAAAACCCCUUUUCAGUGGGGAAACAACCAAAAUGCAUUUGGAAGGUUUUAAUCUUCGUGAGCGACACGUACUCGAUUGACCAACUUACGAUUGAUUUUAAAGGGUAAAAAAAAAAUAAGGAGCACGAAACGAAGCGAAACCUUUGACAAUGUUUAAUUGUGCUAAUUUGUCGGUCACGUUUACAUGCCAAUCCAAAUUCAAGUGUGGAAAAAAAUCACAUCCACUUUCUCCAAUGUUAAACUCGGGGCUGAGCAAAUGGCCGGUCGUGUUUGUUGGAAUCGCAUUCUGGCGUGCAUUGUCGCACAACUAUUUUGUCAUUUCACAAGUCACAUAUUUCCAUAACGUCCUUAAAUAUUGGCAUGUAUUUUCUCGUUCGCGCAUCUUCGGUAUCGUGUUCAAAUGUCCGGCCCCUCUGUCGUUUUGUUACAAAGAUAAAAACAAAAAAAAACCGUUCCCCCUGUGAACUAAACUUGCUUUGCCAAAAUAUCGUUACAGAGCAUCGCCGGGCUUUGAGCUAUAGACAUAUUCCACUAAUCUACGCUGUGUCGUGUCGUAUCCUGUUUGUGGUCAUCCGAAACUGCUCGCGGAUUCGUGAAGCAGGAUUGUAAUCUAGCGCACUGUGUGCUUUAUGCAAAAAUUAAUCCUUCAAAGCAAUUCAUCAAAUACAGGUAUAUAUUUAAAAAAAGAAGUAUAAGUUUGUGUACAAGUUAAACAAUUAUAUAUGUGUACUUUGCACCAAUGAAUUAAAGUAUAUUAACAUGUGGACGAGCAUUUAUACGAUUACUUUCGUUUUCGGAGGUUUUUUUUACGUAUAAUGUACGCACAUAAUAUGCACAACGAACCCCAUAUUUUGUUGUCAUGAUUUUAAAAUGUUUUGUUUGAAAUCUUUACUUGCACUGGGGAUUGUGUUGAAUAUCGUGUGUUCAUUAUAAAUUAUUUUUUUUGCUCAGAAAUGUCCCCUGUUCACGUUGACAUCGACGGACGCAAGGGAGGCAAAGCCAAGCCUUGUGCGUGCCCCUUGUCCCAUGAUUGCGGUGUCGUUCAUUCCGACACAUUUGUCCAAACGGGGGAGGGGGGGGGGGAUGUACGAGUUACCUUUUCCGCGAAAAUUCGUGCAAUCCGUGAAUUCAAAGCAGGUAUAAGUGUUUCAGGAAAUAAAAAAAUUAUACGAGACAAAAAAAGGUAUCCACGUGUUUAACGAUUUGACGGCGACAUUAAAAACAUGAUUCUGCGCAAA